AAGGAAACAGAUUCUCUCCGAGAGCCUCCAGAAGGCAGGAACAAGUUAACGGUUGGCCACAACAAAGAUGGCGGCAGCGGCCUCACACGGCAACGGCAACGUCGACGCCAUUCAUCAACUAGCGCGAUAAUAUCAUAUAGUUCCGCCUUGCCGGUUUGACGUCACUUCCGGCCCCAGCCAGCGGCGUGCGCGCCCGUCUUCCGUCUUUGCGCUUGGAUGUGCGGACGGAAGUGAGUGGACUCGGAGUCGCGCGGAGGGAUUCCCAGGGAAUGCAGGGCAGCAACUUGGACAGGGCAGGCGGGAAGUCCGCGGCUGUUGUCGCAGUUGUGACUGAACCUCGGUUUACCCAGCGAUACAGGGAAUAUCUCGAGAAGCAGAAACUCCUGGAGAGACAGCACCGUGUGGAAAAGAUGCCGGAUGGCACCGUGGCGCUGCCGGUGCUGGGAGAGCGCCUCCAUGAGCAGCACCUGCGGGAGCUGAGGAAUCGUGUGGCUCCAGGCAGCACCUGUGUGCUAACGCAGCUCCUGAAUCCUGUUCUUUCAAAGAAGGCCCAGGCUUGUUCACCUGCCCAAAGGCUGUGUCUUGAGGUGAGACGCUGGGUAGAGGGCCGCGGAGUGACGUGGUCAGCUCAGCUGGAGGCUGAUCUGCCCCGAUCUUGGCAACGACAUGGUGACCUCUUGUUGCUGAGUGAGGACUGUUUCCAAGCCAAGCAAUGGAGAAAUCUGGAACCAGAACUCUGGGAGACGGUUGCCUCGGCCCUUGACGUCCAGCGUUUGGCCAAACGAGGGCGGGUGUCACCGGAUGGCACUCGAACUCCAGCAGUGAGUCUGCUGCUGGGCGACCAUGGCUGGGUAGAGCAUGUGGAUAAUGGGAUCCGAUAUAAGUUUGACGUGACCCAGUGCAUGUUCUCCUUCGGAAACAUCACCGAGAAGCUUCGUGUGGCAUCGCUGCCCUGUGCUGGAGAAGUGCUGGUGGAUCUCUAUGCAGGGAUUGGUUAUUUUACCUUGCCUUUCCUAGUUCAUGCUGGUGCUGCCUUCGUCCAUGCCUGCGAGUGGAACCCCCAUGCUGUAGUUGCUCUGAGAAAUAACCUUGAGCUCAAUGGAGUAGCUGAUCGAUGCCAGAUACACUUUGGGGAUAACAGAAAACUGAAGCUCUCAAGCAUUGCGGACAGGGUGAACCUGGGGCUGAUUCCCAGCUCUGAAGAAGGCUGGCCCAUUGCCUGCCAAACGCUAAGACAGGAUGCUGGAGGCAUUUUGCAUAUUCACCAAAAUGUGGAAUCUUUCCCAGGGAAGACUCUCCAGCCUCCUGGAAGCAGUGAAAUGGAAAAGGAGUAUUGGUCUUCUCCUCAGCAAAUGAUCACCAACCAGUUGAAAAAUGGAGCUGCCAGAGAUUCUAGGAGAAAAAUGCUGUCAGCCACCACCAAGCCAGAGUGGCAAAGGUGGGCGGAAGCUGCAGAAAGUCGAAUUGCCACUCUUCUUCAACAGGUGCACGGGAAACCGUGGAAGACACAAAUCCUGCACAUCCAACCAGUGAAAUCCUAUGCUCCCCACGUGGAUCACAUAGUCCUGGAUCUGGAAUGCCGCCCCUGUCCUCUAGUUGGCUAGAGAAGGUGGAUCCUGAGACAGGAGGAUCUACGUGUGAGUGGCCCUUAAAGCAUCAACUCAGGCUGGGGCCUCACCCCUCUUGUCUCCUGGUAAUCUAUUUUAAUAUUUUGUGGCCCUAAAAGCAGGCUCUAAAUCAAUACAUAUUAUUUCAUUUGUCUUCCGUUAACACCCUACAGAAUGAGCUACGUAUCUGGGAGAAGUAGUGUGGCUCAUUGAAAUGAGGCCUGGCUGUGCAGUUGUGAGUUCUGAAUUGUGACCUCAGUUCUAUCUAAUCUGGGGUACAUGGUUCCAGUAUUCCUUUGGCCUUGAAUUUUCUCAUUUGCAAAAUGAGGGAUUCUUGGCAAGGUCUCACAUGGCUGUCACCUAAUAAACAGUUAUGCACAGGGCAUUGGUUAUUUUAGAGUGAAGGACACAGUGCUGUUUCCAAAAUCACUGCAGCUACAGUAUGGAAACUCACCUGGAGUGGGGCCAGGAUGGAAGCAGGGAGACGGGCGAGGAGGCUUCUGUGGUGGUUCAGGCAUGAGAUGAUGGUGGCUUGGACUAGGGUGGUGGCAGUGAGAGAUGAAUGGAUUUGAGAAAUAAAAUCGAUGGGUCUACGCAGUGGGGUCCAAAGCAAGGCAUUCAAGUGGUGCUGCUUGGUUAUUAUGACUGACUAAAUUAGGGAUGGAAGAGGACAAAAAUUCCUCUAGUGUAUUACCUCCAUUCGUCUACUUUAGCAUUCCUAAAUGAGUAGGUGCGGGGAGGGUGUGUCUUAGGUUUAUCACAGUAGAGAAAGUGUUAAGAAUGACUGCUUUAAAUGACAGGGCAGGGAAACUAGAUUUCCAGCCUUAGCUUGUGCAGUAGCUGCCAAUUGCUAGCUAAUUUUUAAAGUUUGAAUUAAAAUCUUAGAUUUUUACAGGCCUGAGACUGCCUUUCCAUCUUCCUUCCCUGGCGGAGAACAUCAGGGCCAACAUAAGGAGCUCUAAGGAAUGUGAGAUGCUGUGCAGUUUUCCAAGCCUCCCCUUAUUUUAUGGCUGUCUGCCAGCGCCAUUGUUUACUGUUGGAAUGACUAAGUGUAAGGAAUCACUGUUUACCUUUAGGAUGACUAAUUGUCGAGAAUCAAUUUUCAGAGCUUUGUUUUGGUGCACUUUGAAGUCAUCUGGGCUUGUUUUCCUCUUGAAGGAAAUACAGAAAAGUGUGGCUUGGUAGUUCCCUGGUGGCCUAGUGGUUAGGAUUCUAGGCUUUCACUGCUGUGGCCUGGGUUCAGUCCCUGGUAGGGGAACUGAGAUCCCACAAGCUGUGUGGCGAGGCCAAAAAAAAGAAAAAGGAUAAGUGUGGCUUUAUCAUGAUUGUGAUUGUACCUGGCAUUUGUCUGGCUGCGGUUGGGCUGGGCUGCUUGUUCUUCUCUUGCAGCAGUGCCAAUAAGGACAGGAUUGGUGCUGCUUGUGUUGUUCUGAAAAUAUUAAAUGCCUACUAUCAACAUGAGCCACAGGAAAUAUGAAGAGGCAUUAGAUACUGUCUCUGAGGAGCUCCCAAGCUAGCAACAGACGUAACACAAAUGCUGAAAGAGUCACAACGCAGUAAGUGCCGUAUGAGUGAUAGCUCGUUGUAGAAGUGUAAAGGUGGGGAAGGAAAAAAAAGCUCUGAGAAUUGAAUGAGGAGGUCUUCAGAGAGGUAGUGUUUGAAUUGGCUCUUAAAAACUGGGUGAGAUUUUGUUAAGUGGAGUCAGGUGCUGGUUGAAGAGACUGACAGGUGCCAGAGUUUGGAAGCUCAGAGUGUUUGGAGCGUUGCCAUUAGAUUGGUUUGGAACAGAAGAAGCAGCGAGAGAUGUGCUGAAGAUGGGGGUUGCUGUAAGGAUUAAAAAGAACAGUGUCUUGUGCAGAGUAGGCCCCCAGGAAAUGUUGGCUAUCAUGUGACCCCUCACAAGGAGCCUGCUAGAUUCCAUUCCCAUCCCACAGAACGGCCUUCCUGCGUUUGCCUUCAUCAUUUCACACCCUGGGUUUCUUCUCACACCUGUGCCUACAGCGUUCUCUCCUCAAGCUAAAGAUGCCAGGCGGAGCUUGAGCCAAUCCAGGGGGAGAAACAAUGAGGAAGAUGAGUCAGGGAGCCGCAUGUCCAGGGGCUGAGGAGUUAGCUUCCUGCCAGAAGCUGUGGGAGAGGCAGCUGAUGUCACGUGCACCCAAAUGAAUUCAUUCAACUUGUUAUAGGUAUCAGGCCCUGAGUGUUAGUGGGGAAAGAAGAUUGACAUGGGCUCUGCCUUCGUGGCAUUUAGGUUCCACUCAUUCAGCUCCUGGCUCCUCUACUUUCUAUGUGACCUGAGGCAAGUCAUGAAUCUCUCAUGAUUUCGUUUCCUCAUCUGUAUGCUGCAGUUAACAAUUGAACAUAUCCUGAAGGGAGGUUGUUGGGUUUAAAUGAGUUAAAAUAUGUUAACUGUCAUCACAGUGACUGGUAUAUCGUGAAUAUUUCAGUCUUUGUAUGAGGGGAACUACCAUUUCCCAAUUAGGCUGUGAGGGAUUGCUGCACAUCUGCUUUACUUACAGCAGAAUGACUUUAUUUUGAAAGCCAUUCACUGGUUUAUUAGGAUGUUCUGUGAAUUUCCCCAUCAGGCACUGUGCGGAGGGCCAGGGACGUAGAGGUGAGUAAACCUGAGUCCUGCCCACAAUGGAAUCACCACCUGGUGACACGGACACAGAUGAAACAAUGUCAGUACUAUGUACUAAGUGCACAUAUAGAAACAAAUGGGUUUUUACAGGCACGCAUAGGAUCUGGGUUAUGGGAGGUGGAGAGGGUGGCUGGGAAGGUGGGAGCAGGGAUGCCUAAGUUGAGAGUUAAAGAGUGAGCAGGAGUUACGUGUGAUGGAAGAGAAUAAGGGUCCCUUAAGCCUUUUCUCCACCUGAGUAUAUCCAUUUACAGUACAGUUUUCUCCAAGCACCUGCUGGAUGGCCUGACCCGGAAGAGACAUUUAGUGGAACCAAGGGAAAAAGACUGAAGGGGUCAGGAGGCUCAAUGCGUCCUUACAAAUUCAAUCCAGGAAUUUGUAAAAGCUCUAAAGGCUUCCUUUGCGGGCAUUAGUAUUAGUUGCUGAUUAAUGUACCCACCUGAUGGAGAAGUUGGCAUUAAAAAACAAUAAUAAUGAUUUUAUCAAACUCCCUCGACCGUGAGCUGCUCUAUUCAUUCACUCCAUAAUUUUAAUAAAUUACUUGCAUGUAUUAAUACACGAGUAUAAUGUAUAUAUUUAAAAUAUACAAACAGAAAUUUAAAACGAUGAGACACAUAUAUAGAAAAAGCAUUUUUAAUUCAGUUUCUUCCACCCUGGGCACACGUGUGAGAAGAAACCCAGUAUAUGUCACUCUGAACAGCCUCAAGGUGCAGCCACUUCACAUGGGCAAGCCAUAAAACUAGUCAUUUUCAAACUAAACUAUUAUUUUAAAUGAUUAAAACUAUUUUCAUAUUUUUAAAAGCAUUUUUGAGUUUUGUUCUGGAAUACAGUUAGGUUACUUGGAAACAGUUUGGUCUUUUUGAGUCUUGCUUUUAAGCAUUUGUUAGAGCAGCAUAUAGUCUAGGAUUAAUUUUUUUCCAUUAUUGAAGCAGGACCUUUCUUCGUUCUCUGACGCCUUGUGAAUUAUGAGAUUUUCCACUCUUGCUGUACGUAGGAACAGGAAUUAUCCACCACCCUGUGCGGUGUGAGCUCUUGAGUAUUGUUUCCUAUUAUCCUUUCUGGUGGGUCUUUUGUUGGCUUUUGGUAGUUUCCUAUCAUGUGGGCUGAUCAUUACUCAGCUGAAAACUUUUAAGGGAACGGUCAGCAGAUCUCUGGAGUUCCCUCUGUGUGCGGCUUUUUCCUCUCUGGCAUUCUACCCUGUGAACUCUACUUACCUGGGCUCCCAGGACUCACCUCCUCACCUCAGGGAGUCAGACUGCUGGCCUCCACUCCAUCCUCAUGCCACAGCCUGGAAAACUUCUCCAGGCUGUAAGUUGGAGCAAUUGUAUGGCUCACCUGGUUUGUUUUCCACCUCUCAUGGACCAUUGCCCUUCAUUGCCUAUGUCCGAUGCCUUGAGGGCUGUUGUUUCAUAAAUUUUGUCAAUUUUUUUUAACUAUUUAGAAGUUUAUAAUAAUUGUUUUGACGUAAAUGUACUAGCUUUCACAGUCAUUAUUAUUGAUGAAAUUCACUCUAGCAAUAAUAUACAUACUUCAGCUGACAAUGUUUCAACAUGUAAAGCACAUAAGAAUUUCUUGCUACAAUUAUGUUUAGAAUUAUGUUAGAAUUACCUAUAUUAUAAAAUGAAUAUUAAAAUAUUAGCAAUGAUAUCUUUCUGAUUAGAUAUGAUAAUAACUUGCAAGAUUUCCUGACCAACAAUCACAAUUUCAGAGAGGCCAGAAACAGUGAGAAAAUAGGUAUUUGUCUCUUUGGGUUUUUAAAGGUCAAGGUUGAAUCCAAGGUAAGUAGAAAAUAUUGAAUAUGAGGCUAAAACUGAAUUUUGGUAUAACACACAUAUUAGGUAGGUAGGUAGAUACAGAUGGAUAGACUGUCCUAGUUUCCCUUUUUUUCUUUUAGUAAUUGAAUUUUAUUUUAAAAUCAAAGCUAAACGUACAGUUUCAAAAUUCAAAUAAAAGUAGCAAAACUUUAUGGGAAAAACAAAGCAGUUCUGCAGCACCAUGGUGAAGCAGCUGUCCUGCAGCUCCUUUCCCUUCACUUUGUGUGUCUACUUUCAGCACUUUCAAAUGGGCCUAUGUGCCAAAGGAGAUGCAGGACCUAACCUACAUGUACCAACAGGAGCCAUGAGAGUCUGUUGAACUGGGUGCUGAGGGUGUGGGAUGGGAAGCAGUUUGCAUUCAUAUAGGACAGAGAACAGUACUUGCCCACCCUUUAUCAUAAUAUAGUCGGAAGAGAUCUAGACCAUCUGAACCUUCCACGGAAUGUCACACUGACCUAUUACAUUCAUGACAUCAUUACUACUUGGGCCAGGUAAACAAUAAGUAGCUAGCAUAUUAUACUCCCAAGGAUAGGAAAUAAUCACUAAUAAGAACAAGCAACCUUUUACAUCAGUGAAAUUUUUAGGGUCCAGUGGUCUGCUUGAAUGUCAAGAUGUCUCCUUUGUAGUAAAGAACAAAUUUUUGCAUCUCACUCAUUUUAUCAAUAUUCUGCCACCAAGAAUGCACAUCAAGCUCCAGGCUUCUUUGUGGGAAUUCAGAACUUGAGAAUACUGCUCUGACUCAUAUACUGGGUGACUGGAAGGCUGCCAGUUUUCAGUGGGAUCCAGAGCACAUAAAGGCUCUGUAGCAGGUACAGGCUGCAGUGUAAUUAGCUGUACUGCAUGGGCCAUUCAAUACAGGAGAUUCUACGGGACAAGAGUAUCUGUGAUAAGCAUAGCAGCUAUGGGAGUUUAUGACAAGCUCCAACUGGAGAAUCGCAAGGUAGACUACUAGGUUCUGUAGCAAGGCCAAAGCAUCUGCAGUGGAGAACCACACGUCAUUCAAAAAUGGCUCCUUGCAUGCUGAUGGGCCUUGGUAGGAACUGAGCAUCUCAUGGGACAUCAAGUAACCCUUCAUGAGCUAGGUUUUGUCAGACCCACCAAGUCAAUCCAUCAUAAGGUGGAAGUGGUACACCUGGGAUCGGUGACAAGUAGGGCCAGGGGAAAUGAAUAGGUACAUAGGCAGGUGGUCCAGACUCCCGCAUCAUACGUAUAACUCUUGAACCAGGGUCCCUCCCUCAGUUCACAACUGUGGCUGCUUGAGAGGCUCUUUUGUCUAGCUGAUUCAGGACAAAAAAGCCCAAGCUAAGUUCACCGAAGGGUUUAUUGGAAUAUGGGCUCAAAACAAAAAUAGACUUUUGCCCUACAGCCCAAAUCAGGAGUCCUGUUAAAAGACAGGUGAAUUCUCCAAAAAGGCAGAAUUUGGGGCAGUAUUCCUGGUCAUCCACUUUGUGUGGAAAAAGAAGUGGUUUGAAGUAAGAAUAUAUCUUCUUGGCAAGUGGCAAAUAAGUUGGCUAGAUGAUUAGGGGCCUGUCAUGAAAAAGAUUAGAUCAGGGACAGGGAAACCUGGAGAAGAAGCAGUGGAGAAAUCUGCGGGAUUCGGCACAUGAGUAAAGAACUUUGUGUUGUAUAACAAUGCCUACCAGGGAUAAUCCACCACAGAACAGGCACUCAACAACCAGGUAAACAUACUUGGCCAGUAACUUAAGCAACCGCAGCCAUCAGCUGUCCCAGUACUGGCACAAUGGGCUCAUGUACAUUGUCAUGUCCCAGGGAUGCAGGUGAGCAAGAGGCCAACAGCAUGGCUUGCACUCACCAAGUGGCCACUCCCUCGUGUUCAGCACUGAGCCCUUGAUACAAUAGCAUCCCUCAAGGAAACCAAGCAGCUACUUGGUAGCAAGUUGAUUACAUCGGGCUCCUAUCCUGGAAGGACAGUGACUGACCUUUACUAGAAUCUUCCCGUCUCCAGGUAUGAGUUUGCCUUUCCUGCCCACAAGAUGUUGGCCAGACUACUUGUCCAAGGGUUUACAAGUGUUUGGUCCAUCAAUAUGUAUCCUGCAUAAUAUUGCCUUUGACCUAGGGACCUACUUUACAGCAAAGGACUGUUUCAUGACCAUGGGAUUCACUGGUCCUAUCACAUACUACAGAGUCUAGAAAAUGCUGGCCCGAUGGUGUGGUGAAAAAUCCUUUUGAAACUGCAGCAAAAGCUUGGAAGAUGUGAAGAUGGGAUGCUGUCCACCAGGACUCAGUAUACUAAAUCAAACUCAUUAUAUAGUGCCAUGUCCAGUAUAGACAGAAAGUGCAAGUCUGGGAAUGAAAAAGUAGAAAUAGAAUUCCCCUCGUAAGCUAAAUAAUGGCCCCCCAAAUACGUCCAUGUCCUAAUACCCAGAACCUGUGAAUAUGUGAUCUUACAUGGUAAAAGGGACUUGGCAGGUGUGAUUAAGUUAAGAUGGGGAGAAUAGCCUUGAUGAUCCAGGUGGACCCAAUAUAAUCUCAGAGGUCCUUGUAAGAGGGAGAUGGGAGCAAGUAGUAGGAGAUCUGAUGACCAAAGCAGGAGGAUGGAGUGAUGUAAGGAAGGGACAAUGAGCCAAGGAAUGUAGGCAGCCUCCAGAAAUUGAAAAAGGCAAACGGAUUCUCUCCCAAAGCCUUCAGGAGAAACGCAGCCUUGUUGACACCUUGAUUUUAGAUUUCUGAUCGCCGUAAUUUAAGAGAAUAAAUGUGUUGUUUUAAGCCACGAAGUUUGUGGUAAUUUGUCACAGCAGCAGCAGGAAAUUAAUACACCCACUUUCUGUCUCCACUGAUCCACGUGUUUCCCAUCCCCACAGCUCUGCUCUAGAGCAGCGCUCCCCAGCCUUUUUGGCACCAGGGACCGGUUUCGUGGAAGACAGUUUUCCCACGGACUGGGGGGAUGGUUCAGGCAGUAAUGCGAGCGAUGGGGAGCGAUGGGGAGCGGCAGAUGACACUUGCUCACUCGCCAGCCGCUCACCUCCUGCUGUGUGGCCCGGUUACUAAUAGGCCCGGGGGUUGGGGACCCCUGCUCUAGAGGGCUGGUUCCUAUCAGGGGAACUGUUUCAUCAGGAGACACAAUUAAUAGAUCCAUUAAACUUUAACCUACUGAGGUUUCCCAGUACUUUUAGGCUCCUUGUGCCAAGAGACCAGCAGACAAGAAAGAAUCACCAUCCUGUUUGGAGUAAUUGAAUCUGAUCAGGAGGAAGUGGAGUUACUGACAAUGAGGGCAGAAAGGAAUAUAUUUCACACUCAAUCCACUCAUCCACUAGGGUGUCUCUUUGAUACUUCCCUACCCAAUAUCAGGAGUAAAAUGGGCAACUUCCAAAAUGGCAGAAUAAGGACCUCUAAAAACUGGCUCUUCCAUAAAAAGCAAUGAGAACACUGGCAAAAAUUGUCAAAAUCAACCUUUUCAGAAUUCUAGAAACUAAAGGCUUGCGACAAUCUAAGGAGCAUUCAUUCAAGAAAAACAGCUAAGUCUUGAUUAAAAAGGAAAGCUUCUGGCUUUUUAACUUGCUCUAUUCCCACCCCCUCACCUCUAAUACAAUGUUAAAUUGUUCCUAAUUUUAGGGAGAAUGCCUCUACUGUGUUUCACCAUUAAGUUAUGCUGUCCUUAGGUAGUAUCCAUAGAGUCCCAUUAUAGUGCUGUUUUUAAAAAAUCAUCCUUUUCCCACUGCACUGUAGUUUCACUUUUAUGAUAAAUCAGGUGAUUGUAUAUGCGUGGGGCUAUUUCUAGACUUUCUCUUCUGUUCCAUGGGUCAGUUUUUCUAUCCAUGUACCACAAAUACCAUCUUGUCUAAAUUAGAGCCUUAGAAUAGGUCCUGAUAUGAUACUGUAAAUCAUUCAACUUUGUUCUUUAAGAUUGCAUUAGUUAUUCUUGACCUUUUGCAUUUUCUUAUGGAUUUUAAAAUCAGCUUGUCAAUUUUUUGAAAACAAAUCCUGCUGAGAUUUUUUUGGGGGGAGGAAUUACAUUGAACCUAUGAAGUAAAACUGACAUCUUUGCAAUAUUGCAUCUUUCACCUUGAAGCUUUUGUUCUACUCAUUUGGGUGUAGCUAUGAAAUGAGAAGUGAUUAUCAGAAGCCUGGAUGACAGGAUCCCGUCCAGGGUGAAGGAUCCUAUAUUUCCCAUCUGUCGGAGGGUUACUAUAUACAUCUCCUCUAGGUUCCCUGCCUUGACAGGUGUUUUUAACUUAGUAUUACUUGUACUCUUCCUCUCAGCAGUAUCUAAUCCCUCAGAUUAUUCUUAACCAUCACCUUAGAUGAUGAACAUAUUUGAGCCUAUCAUAUAUUUAUAUCCUAAUAUAAAUUCAGUACUACUGAAUGGUUAUCACAUAUAACAACCCAAACUAAUAAACAGUAUCUUCACAGUACUAACACAGUAUUGUGUUAGUAUCAUAGGGGUUCCAAUGAGUAUUUCUCCUAUAAUCUGUUUACCAUAUACCAUACUAAGUACUUAAAACAUAUUGUUUUAAUUUGUGUAACAAGCAUGAGCAAUUACUUGCAGAGGAUCAGAUCUUAGGCUGUGGAAUCUGAAAAGUGUGAGUUAGAAUCCUGCCACUCUUAAUUGCCUGUGUCCUUGGACAGGGUUGUGGAGGAUUAAAUUGGAUAAUACAUGUUAUAUGUUUUGUAUCUUAUCUGACAUUAUUAACCUUUUUUUCUCUUUUUCCCAGAUGAGGAUACUGAAGAUUAGAGCUUAAAUACAUUGUCUAGAGACAGAGAACUAGUGAGAAGCAGAAGUGGGUAUAUUUGUAUCCAGUAUUGUUCUGACCUUGUCACAGCGAUCACUUUUCAAGUUUUACAUGUACAGCUCAGCCUUUCUAUUAGCUGCAACCUCAGUGUUGGUAAAUUAUUAUGCUGC